UUCAGUUCGCUCGGUUCGUUGGCCCACGUCGCGCUUUUUCUCCCUCAAAAGUAGCGCAAAUUACUUAAAAUAAACUCAAACAAAACUAUUUGGAAUAGACGCUGACAAAGUUCUUGCUCAUCUUUUCGCACAAUUCGCUUCGAUUCGUCGUUCGCUGUUUGCAGAUUAUCUCAGUGCGCGUGAAAAAAAGAGAAAAGAAAACAUGAAAAUUCCAAUCAGUAUGACAAUGCUUUCUCUAGCAUUCUGUGUCUGCUUGAUGUCUGUCAUAAUGUUGACUCACCAUGUUGCCGCAUCUGGAGAUGGAUCAUGCAAGGAACUAAACAACGUCAACUGCUAUGUGGGCCGUAACGAGGGCAACUAUUGCAACAGGAAGGACCAGACGAAGGCUCUCACCCGUUGGUAUUACGAUAAGGGCUCCUGUCGUCCCUUUUCCUAUCGUGGCUGCAAUGGCAAUCGGAAUCGCUUCUGCAUGCAGGAAAGCUGUGAAACACGCUGUGGAAAGAAAUAAACUCACACACACAGAGAGAGAAAUGCACACUCACAUCGAUUCACAACAAGUUUCACAUCUGUACAUCUGAGUUUCACAUCCACUUAGUUGAUAAGUUUGUAUGUACACAAGUCUAGUCUAAGUACUGAAAGCAAAUAGAAAGAGGAAGCCGCCGCAAGUGUUUCUCACCUUUGAUCGAAUCAAUAGUC